CUUUGCUGCACACAUACAUAACAAACAUGCAAGUCUCGACGCUGCUGUCCACCACGUGGUCCAUCGACAACACCCCCGCGCCUGCCCCGCGUCGCAAACGCGUACUCACCCCUGAACAGCUCCACAUCAACCGCUUGCGCUCCAAGGAGUACUACGAAGCACACAAGAACAAGGUCCUCGAGAAGCUGCGCUCGAAUUACGCCAGCAACCGCGACAAAGAACGCGAACGUCAGCGUGAAAAGUACCGCCGAUCCAAAGCCAAGAAAAUGCAGACACAACAGACUUCAGAUAACAAGCUUUCGCAAAACAUGGGCGGCGCUGAGUGCCUGGUGAUGUCCACAACAACUACCACCCCCUCCAAAGCGGAUCAUCGGUUGGCGAUUCAGUUCCUGCUGAACAACUAGCUCACUCAACGCUUAAGUUAGUUUGCCAUCCCUUAUUUAGAAACAUGACGCUUUUUCCUUGCGA